AUGAGGAUUCCAAGGCCAACCAUUUGCAUACUAAUUCUAUCACUGUUUGCAUCAUGCGAAUACAGCACUGCCACCACUCUGGUCGUAAGCAAUCAGGCCAGACCAGGCAAGGUCGCUUACAUCACAUGUCAUGUGAAUUCGACACGAUUUUCCAUCUGUGUAGCCCCUGGAAAUGAGACUUCAAUUUUUCUGCCUGAUGAGAACAUCAGUGUUACCAGUUGGCCACCGGUGUUCUGUGAAGGAACAUACAACAACAUAUCACAUGGUCGUUAUCAUGAACGACCCUACUAUCUGUAUGAUUCCCACAAGGAUUAUGAGAAAUGCAAGGAGAAGUGCUUCAUAAGAGUUACAAACUUCACUUUUGAUCGAUGGGAUGAGGGAAAGAAGGAAUGGGAGCAAAUUUUCCCUAUAAUGUGGAUCCCAUGA